AAAGCGAUCGAUUUGGUAACAAAGGCUACAGAAGAAGACAAGAGUAAGAACUAUAAAGAAGCUCUCCAUCUUUAUGAGACUGCAGUGGAAUACUUUCUUCAUGCUAUGAAGUAUGAGGUACCCAAUGACCGAGCCAAGGAAACCAUCCGAUCCAAGUGUAAGCAAUAUCUUGACCGGGCUGAGAAGCUUAAAGAAUACAUUAACAAAGGUGAUAACCGCAAGAAGCCUAUGAAAGAUGGCGAAUCUUCUAACAAGAAAGACAGCAAGGAUGAUUCGGAUGAUGAAGAUCCAGCACGAAAAAGAAUGGCACAAAAAAUGGAAGGCGCCAUUGUUGUAGAGAAGCCAAAUGUGUCUUGGGAUGAUGUGGCUGGGCUGGAGGGAGCCAAAGCUGCUCUAAAGGAAGCUGUCAUCUUGCCCAUUAAAUUCCCACAAAUGUUCACUGGGAAGCGAACUGCUUGGCGAGGCAUUCUUUUGUUUGGACCUCCUGGCACUGGUAAAACAUACUUGGCCAAGGCCGUUGCUACAGAAGCCAAUAACUCCACAUUUUUCACAGUAUCAUCUGCAGAUCUUGUCUCAAAGUGGCUGGGAGAGUCUGAGCAGCAGGUGCGGACGCUUUUCGAGAUGGCGCGGGAACACAAGCCUUCCAUCAUCUUCAUAGAUGAGGUUGACUCUCUAUGUUCGUCCCGCAGUGAUCAAGAGAGUGAAAGUGCCAGGCGAAUAAAGACAGAAUUCUUGGUUCAGAUGCAAGGUGUGGGGACAGCAAAUGACGGAGUGCUGGUGUUAGGGGCAACGAAUAUCCCCUGGACGCUGGACUCGGCUAUUAGGCGACGCUUUGAGAAGCGUAUUUACAUUCCCCUGCCUGAUGAACCUGGCCGCACGAAUCUCUUCAAGCUCAGCAUUGGUGACACCCCUCACAGCCUUACCGAGGAAGACUUUAGAAGACUUGGCAGAGAGACUGAAGGGUUCUCUGGAGCUGACAUCAACAUCGUGGUGCGCGACUCGCUGAUGCAGCCCGUACGUAAGGUGCAGACAGCAACACACUUCAAGCGAGUCUCGGGACCGUCACGCAACGAUCCUAACGUCAUCUGCCACGACCUCCUCACGCCUUGUUCUCCUGGCGAGAAAGGAGCCAUCGAGAUGGGAUGGGAGCAAGUGCCAGGGGACAAGCUUCUUGAGCCAACCGUGACCAUGAGCGACAUGCUGCGAUCACUUGCCGAUUCCAAGCCCUCCGUGAACGAAGCUGACUUGGAAAAAUUGAAAAAAUUCACCGAGGAUUUUGGCCAAGAAGGCUGAAAAUUGUCCAUGCUUCAGACUCACAUUUUUGUUUCGGUGGUCGUCCUUCACUGGAAGGUGGCCGCUCAUGCUCGCCGCGCCGGCACCCAGAAGGCCUUAUUGCAGAUGACGCUUUGUUACAAACUUAAUAACCACCACAACAUUGAACAUUUCUCUGGUAUGUCAAGGGCUGCGGUUGCAUAAAUGUACUCUUACUGUACUUGGUUCGUCUGUCCAACUCUGAACGUGAACUUGUACUACUUCUAUUACCAUCUUGGUUUUGCUCCGAGUUAACUCAGCCAUUUAUUCUUUAGCUCAUUCAUUUGGAGAAUAUGUUAUGAACCCAGCAUUUGUUGCAAAUACUGUCAACUAUAAAACGAGAAUAUAUCAUAAUUUGAAUUGGUGUCUUUCACAAUAUUACACAUUAUUUCUUGUGUGUAUUUCGAAUGUAGUUUAAAUAAAAAAUAUGGGCAUACCAUUUUAUAAAAGCAAGUUUAUAUUAUAUGCUCUCAUGAUUAUGAAGAGAAAAAAGCUUGGAAGAACUAAGCUUAUUACAAUAGCAGUACGCAAGCAUGUACGAAGCUUCUGUGCUAGAACCAAACUUCAUGAUUGGCCUCAAAAUGAAGAUAAUUUAGAAAAUUUUCAUAUUCUCUAGUGAUAUCAAGUUAGUGGACGUGAAAGUGGCGGCAGGACCGAAAAUUUUCGGCAAUAUUAUUGUGAUUGAGCAGAGUUAUGAAAACCUGUUGGAAUUUGUGUUGCGUGAAGCAGACAUACAAUCAAGACCUUUUCCCUUAUCCGAUCUAUUGAAGUAGUCAAAUGGUUGAAUAAAGUCAUAAUAAGUUUCUUAGUCGUAGAUAGUUUAGUUUAUAUCCAGCUUAAUUUUCUUAGUCUUGCAUUUGUUGUUACUUCAGCUCUCUUAACUUGAUAAAACAUUUCUGGAAUCGUUAAGAGCAUCAUGGAUUUACGUUACAUACGUAAAAGAUUUAUUUACUAAGUUAGCAAUCAAAUGAAUAUAAUAAGUACUUAGGUCAUGCCACAAUAAAGAAAUAAAAUGUUUAUAUAACCCUGAGAGAUACUGAAUUCCAGGAUUCUUUCAAUUUGUGAGGUGUUAUUUUAUACGAUCGAAAGCUGUUUAUUCUAACAACGAAAGCAGUCUUACGUCUUCUCAGUGCUAGUGCUUUCCACUCGUAUAUUCUGGUGAUUUAUUCAGUCCUCAUUAUUUAUUUAACGUUCAUAUCAUUGUUGUUUUCUACUCCACAAAGAACAUAAAUUGAAGAAAUGUUUUUAACUCGAUGAAGAUGAAUUCAUCGAUUUUUUGAUGUCACUUGUGUAUGCCUUGCGUGUCUGAGAAACUUAUGUGUAGAUGUUGUACAGUAUAUUACCUAAUAAUGUGAUCCGUUUGAACAUUUAUAAUAAAGCAGAGCUAUGAUAUAUAAUGAUAGGGAUAGCGCAAUUAAAAACAUGAAUCAUUGUAAAAUUACAAAGUCAACAAAAGACCUGACAUUACGGAACUUGAGUGCUUUAGUUGCUUUUCCCGAAGACCUUAAUAGCCGUUGUGUUUUAAAUUUCGAAAAUUUGAAUAAAAGUUAUUCACCCAUUCCGGAUUUGUGGAACCUCGGAAGAGCAAAGAUGCACAUUUGGAUUUACCGUUUGCUUUUAACUA